CAGCACUGGCGGCUCCUUUGAUCUGUGAGACUGUAGCAGUACCGGCUUUAGCAUGUCGUUGUGGAUUGUGUUCGUUGUCAUUUUGACGUCACUGACGUCUCUUCCGACAGCAUAUUAUUUGAACAAAACAGAUGCAAUGAAAGAUCAGCGACUUGUUUUCGGAGCAGGGACGUUAAGUUUAUUAGGAGCAACAGUUCUACCGGCACUUUUUAUGAGGCGGUUCUUUAGAAAUAUAGACCCGGUCAUCUACGCCUGUGCAUGUUUCUCAUGGAGUUCAGUGAUCGACCUGUUCAUUGGGCUAGAGCUGGAUGGCUAUGUGUCAGGGUAUAUGGGUUUCUACUUCCUGGAAGGGGAGCCGUACCUGAAGACCGCCUAUGGCACCAUGAUCAACUACUGGGAUGGUACAGCUCACCUGGCUCUGUAUCUGGCCAUCAUCACACUAUACUGUACAGGGGAGAGUUACCGUGAGGUUGGACUGUACUGGGUGGGCUCCAUCAUGAACAGUAUGAUCGUGUUCCUGCCCGGAAAUGUAGCAGGGAAGUUUGGUAUCAAGUGGUCGUACUUGCUCAAUGUACCUUACAUGAUAAUACCUCUGGUUGCUGGCUUCAAGUUUAUCAAGGAGAGGCCGUUGUUUGUCAGGUCGUACCUCAGGAUACCCAGUCUGCUAGAAAGACCAGUUGACCUGCUGUUUGCAGUCUUCUUUACAUUGUGCUCCAUAGUUGCUGUGUUUAGAGGGAUGGCUGUGCUGGGAGCCAAGUCGGACAUUAUGCACACCUACCUGUCAGAUGUAGAACCCUACCUCAAUGAUCCAAAUGUGUAUCCAAAGAUGCAGAUGCUGGUGUACCUGUAUUACUACCUGUUCUACUACCUGACUGCAAUCUAUGGCCUCACCUGUCCAGCCCAGUCCUGGAUGGCAGACAUGGCCCUCAUACAUGCAGGUGCAGCAGCUCAGGCUCAAUUUGUGCACAUCACUGCAUCACUGCACCACCGCACAGCUGAGUGUUACCAUGCGGCCAUGGAAGGAAGCAGUGGCGCCAUCUUCUGGGGUGUGAAUCUGGCACUUCUGAUUGGCCCUCACCUGUUUGCUUGGCGGUGCAUGAGAAGACCUAACCUGUUUGGGGAAACCUAUACUGUCAACACAGCUGAACCAGUCACUGCUGAUUCUCACCGGAAGAAGGACUAAAUUAACAAUGUUUGCAUACAGUGUUUAAUCAAAGUUGUUUCACUGGAUAAAGGUUAUUCUGAAACUGUUGUAAUCAAAGUUUAACAUGAUUUUAGAUGGUUGUUUAGUGAGGGAAAAAUAAAUUUGAAAAUACAUGACAACAAUAUUUUUAAAAAUGAUGGUUGUUUCACUGGAUGAAAAGAUAAUGCAGAGUAAUUGCAAACUAUUUUACAAAGGUUUAAAACCAUGGUACUUUUGAUUGAAAACUUCACAUUGCCUUGUUAGAGAAUGAAGGAUAGUACUAUAAAGGACGUACAUUUGUAUGUAAAAAUAGAUGCAUAUGUCAUAGUUUAAGUGCAGAAGAAGAAACUAACUGGACCAAUGCACAAGAUGAAGAGAUAAAUUUAAAUCCAAGUACAAUGUGUCAGAUGCAUUGUCCUAAGUACAGUCAGAGUGCCAAGAUAGUCAUAACCCCUGUACUUUGACAUACAACAAUUGUAUGCCAAAUAUGUCUUUGUGGUGUCACACCCUGAGUUGAAACCACUGACACAAGUCAGUGUAGAAAGUCUUUUUCUAACAGAUUACUAUAAUAAUCCACUGUUUUAAUAUUUGUAGAGCUGGUUGAUGGUAAAAGAUUAUAUCCAAUGUAAUUGUGUCCUCAUGUUUUAUGUCAUGCAUAGUUUAUAUGAGGUAAAUAUGAUAUGUAUUGCACAAGGGUAAUAAAACCAGGAUACACAGAGAUAAUAGACAGAGAUCCCUCCUUUUAUACUCAGAUAUAUUUUGUAUAAUGAUAUGUAUGUUUAUGUUUGUUAUUUAUACGUUUUACAACAGCUUUUGCUGUCAUUGUCAGAUUGUCAUCUCAUAACACCCAGGGGUAAUAAGGCAGCAGCAUUGGAGUCGCAUUGGAGUGAACGACAAUACAAGUUAUAUAUACUGAUGGAUAGAAAUAGGGGAACAUAUAGAGGAAGAGAACUGGCUAAAGAUUUGUUGCAUUUUUUGUUUUGGUUUGUGGAUUGACACUGUUCACACAAGUUUUCUGUUAAAACCUAAAAAACUAUUGCAAAUUCUUUUGAAUCAAUAUUUCAAUAAUAACUUUGCAGACGGUAUGUUUUGUCAUUAUCACCUGAAACAAUUACGACAGAAAUACAAAAUGGAUGAGUUCCUUCAGUGCACUAAUAGGAAACUUGUCCGUUAGUGGGCAAGGCAAGAGGUUUUGCAGUUUAAAGAAAUGUAAAUACAGAAAUAUUGCUAGUACAUAUACAAUUGUAUAUCUAGUCAAUUACAAUCACAUUUAAUGGAUUAACAUUGUAUAUUGUUUUUAUUAAGAAAAUAUAUGAGUUGAUGGACCACUGCUAAAUGGAGCAGAUACAAAAGCACAAUCAUCAUGUUACAAAUGUUGCCUUUCUUCUCUCCUUCAGUAUAUAACUGUGCAGUUUUUAUCUUCAUCAUGACAAUGGUACAACUGAUCAACAUGGUCAUUGAAUAUAGAGGGCUUUGACAAGGAGACUCAAUUUUCAAUGUAUUGUUAAUAAUGUUACUGAAUUAAUUGCUUUAAUUUUAGUAAAUCAUUGUUAUUAUUUAUACUACUAAAGCUACUAAGACUACUACUAGAAUGUAUUCUAAACUCAGCUUCUUGAUAUAUACCUUUUUCGUAGUAGGAAACUUUAUAGUACAUAUAUAUUGGUUCAAUACAUAUUAGAUCUCUUUGUGUUUAUUAAACUGUUACAUUUUAUUAAAUUGUAUUAUUUUGCAUACUGCCAUUUUCAUAUGUUUACAGCCUUCAACAUUGAAGUACAUGUACAAUGUACCACAUAACCAGGUUUAGUUUUUAAGCUGCAUGGUCUGCAAGUCAAGGUUCAGUGUAUGAAAUAAGUCAAAAGCCCAGCCAGACAUCAGGGCUGGUAACUUCAAAAUGUUACCAGCCCAAAAUGGAUUUAGCCAGACCAGACAAUCCAAAGAGAAUAACUCAAUUUUAAGUUAUUG